GGAGUGGGGAGUGACCCGCAGGGUCUGACGUGGGAGGUGGGUGGUGACCCGCGAGACCUAACUUGGGAGAUGGGGGUCAUUUGAAUUUGGCGAAACAAUUUUUGUGCAUUUACUUACAAUUUGUUUGAUUUUGUAAUUUGAUUUUUUUUAUUGCUGUUGUUUUUUAAAGUUUAUUGUAACUAGAAUGAAAAAAGUUUAUUAGUAUACAUUAAAACAGUUAGAUUGUAAAUAUUGUUAAACCGUCUCAUGUAAAAUGUAAAAUAUUUUAAUUAUAUAGUGAACUGAAUAAAUUUCUCAGUUCAAAGAAUCGUUUGGUCAUUGUGAUCAUUAAAAUACAACAGACAGCGUUAUUUUUUUGAUCUUUCCUUUAAACAAUCAUUUCCUUUUACCUUAUGAGAUACCUAUAUUCAAAGUUAAUUGAAGGUCCCCCCUUCUACAUGUCGCUUGCUCACCUUUAUACGCGCUUGUUUCCUUAUCUCAGUCGAAGUGCGGUUGUGGUCGCGUUUACCACGAUCACCUCGUAUCCCGAGUAAUAAAGAACCUAUCAACUUUCGUCGGUUUUUAUGCGUCUCGACGUCUCAUAGAGGCGCAGUUUUCUGGAAGAAGCAGUUCGGGAGAAGCAGUCCUUACACGUUACUAGAGUUAAAGAUAAAAAAAAAAACCAGAGUUGGUAGAAAGCUGUUGAUAGAUAACUUAUUAGUCCCGUGAAACGGUGACCUUCCAUUGCUUGCAAAAUUGUGAAGUUUCAUUUUUCGAUUUUGUAAGUGUACGAGUAUAGCUUAUAGUGUGUAAAUUGAAAAAGAUUUUCUGCCGCACCUAGAAACGCCAGUGAGAUGACGCAGACAAACAAAGACUACCUCGAAGACAUGUUGGACAUGUCGGACGUUCCGAAUAUUAAUGACUGUCAAAGCGAAAUCCCCCAAUUUUUCGCGAGAAGCAACAUCCUAAUAACGGGUGGUUCCGGUUUUCUUGGCAUACUUCUAAUAGAGAAAUUGUUGCGAUGCUGUCCAGACAUAGGAAAAAUGUACCUAUUUAUGAGGACAAAAAAAGAUAAAUCACCCGAACGAAGACUCAAAGAUCAAUUUGAUGAUAUUGUUUACGAAAGAUUAAAGAAAGAGCAGCCCAACUUUAGUACAAAAGUAAUAAUGAUAGAAGCUGAUUUAAACAAGUUCAACCUCGGAUUAUCACAGGAAGACCGCAAACGUCUUUUGGACGUAAAUUACAUUUACCAUGCGGCAGCGACUGUACGAUUUAACGAAUCGCUUCAUACCGCGGUGAACAUAAAUAUAAGAGGAACGAAAGAGCUUCUUCUCUUCGCUAAAGAAAUGCCGAAUUUAAAGGCAUUUGUCUAUAUAUCCACCGCAUUUUCUAAUUGUGUACAUAAUUUCAUUGAUGAAAAACAUUAUUCUCCGCCUAUAGAAACGGAUAAGAUUUUAACUUUAGUCGAUAUUUUGGACGAUGAAAAAUUAGACAAAUUUACACCGACGUAAGUGCCUUUUCAGUAAAGUUAUAAGAAUAAAAGUUGAGGGUUAUUCAAAAGCUACUAAACUCUUAACCCUUUUCCGAAUUAAUUCUAUUUGAAAAAAUAUUUUUCUUUAUUUAUUAUUUCUAAUAAUGUAGAGAUGGUACCUAAUUUUUCUUCAUAAUUUAUUUAUUAUCGGUUUUGGAGAAAUCAAAAUGUUGUUGUGUCCAAAUAUUGAUUUAUUUGACGUCUGAAGGUUGUUGUCUCAAGGUAACGAGUACAAAAAGAUUAAACACAUCAUUGAGUCUGGAUGACCCUGUACGGAAUUUUAUUCACUUGCUGUGUGAAGAGAGAAUAAGAUAGAAAGUCCGAGUUGGGGAAGGGAGAAAGAGUUAAAAAUCUCUAUUAUCGCGACUUUCGAUUCGAUUUUAAUAAGCUUUAGAUAUGUUAAAAUAUGUUAAAUCAUGUUAAAAUAUGUUGAAACAAAAAUAAGAAAUACAUAGUUUUCUAUAUGUGCUAAAUCGCACCUUAAUGGAAAGAAAUACUUCUUUGAAAAAAUCUUUGUACUAAAGUUGGGCUGCUCUUUCUUUAAUCUUUCGUAAACCUAAAGAAAAAGAUUUUGAAGGAAUGAUGAAAAAUCUUCAUCUAAUUAUGUUUACAAUAUACAUCAUAUAUGCUUAUUAUUUGUAUGAUAUACUAACAAUAUCAUCAAAUUGAUCUUUGAGUCUUCGUUCGGGUGAUUUAUCUUUUUUUGUCCUCAUAAAUAGGUACAUUUUUCCUAUGUCUGGACAGCAUCUGUUUUUAAUAAAACUUACAACAAAUAAUUAUUAAAAGCGUUUGAUAUACCUCCACUUAAUCUGUUAGAAUAGCGUAAUCUGACGUUUUAUUAUUUAACAUUAAAGAUUAUUUCACGUUAGAUUAACAUAUUUUAAUGGGUUAUUUUCACAUACUAAAAGUUUCUAUAUAGAAAAACGGUUUUGUUGAAAGGUAUAAAAAUUUAGCUAGAUACAGAUAUGCAAACUAUUUUGUUGCAAUAAAAUAAUUAUGUAAGAAACUCAAAAUUGUUGGAAUGUAUGAAAACUUUUUCGAUAGCCUUUCUCAUCGCUUAUUUUAGUAUUCGAUAUACAAGGUUGAACAAAAGUAUUAGUAUGGCGCGUGGCGGUUACUAUAAAAUAAUAAAUCUUUUCAAAGGAAGUAGUAACAAACUAUUUAUUUUUGUAAAAAUUUGCAUUUUAUCCUUUAUAUUUAAUAAUAUUUUUGAAGGUAACAUUUAAAGUUAAAUAUUUAUAAAUUUCAUAGCUACAACUGCUUCUUCUGUUUCUUGAAUACACAGAAGUCCGCAUUCAUGGAAUGCGCUUAUAAUGAUGUUAACAUGCCAUUAAAUUUAUAUUCAUAAUUCAUUCUCAUAAUUCUCUAUAAAACAAGAUUUCUUUUCUUAUGAAAGAUCAUUCAUUAUAAAACAUGAAUAGAAUACCUUAAUAGCUAAUAUCAUAACGUUGUAAAUGCGUUCUGAAUAUAAAUCGUAAAUUAUCAGUUAUGUUAAUAAUAGCUUUUAUCCGAGGAAAGAAAAUGCUUGAAAACAUACUCCGGAUGUUUUGUUCUUGUAAAUUCAUUUACACUUAUUUAUGUUAAUUACUAUAAUACGUAGUCAUAUAUAAAAAGAAAAAUUUGGGUGUUUGCAUGUUUAAUUGUUAUUUUCUUUAGAGACAAAAAUCGACUGCAAUAACAUCCACACUAUACCAAUACUUUAUCCAGCGUUGUAAUUAUUUUGAUCGUCUCUACAACAAGAUUAUUUUCAAAUAUGUAUCUAGCUAAAUUUUCAGAUACGUCAGCAAAUCCUUUAUUUUCGUGUGCACAUUAAGACUUUUUAUAUUAAAAUAUAAUUUUACCGCAACAAUUUCUCUAUUAGAAGUAUGCCAAGAAAACCGGAACCACCCGUUAUUAGGAUGUUGCUUCUCGCGAAAAAUUGGGGGAUUUCGCUUUGACAGUCAUUAAUAUUCGGAACGUCCGACAUGUCCAACAUGUCUUCGAGGUAGUCUUUGUUUGUCUGCGUCAUCUCACUGGCGUUUCUAGGUGCGGCAGAAAAUCUUUUUCAAUUUACACACUAUAAGCUAUACACUUACAAAAUCGAAAAAUGAAACUUCACAAUUUUGCAAGCAAUGGAAGGUCAUCGUUUCACGGGACUAAUAAGUUAUUUAUCAACAGCUUUCUACCAACUCUGGUUUUUUUUUUAUCUUUAACUCUAGUAACGUGUAAGGACUGCUUCUCCCGAACUGCUUCUUCCAGAAAACUGCGCCUCUAUGAGACGUCGAGACGCAUAAAAACCGACGAAAGUUGAUAGGUUCUUUAUUACUCGGGAUACGAGGUGAUCGUGGUAAAUGCGACCACAACCGCACUUCGACUGAGAUAAGGAAACAAGCGCGUAUAAAGGUGAGCAAGCGACAUGUAGAAGGGGGGACCUUCAAUUAACUUUGAAUAUAGGUAUCUCAUAAGGUAAAAGGAAAUGAUUGUUUAAAGGAAAGAUCAAAAAGAUAACGCUGUCUGUUGUAUUUUAAUGAUCACAAUGACCAAACGAUUCUUUGAACUGAGAAAUUUAUUCAGUUCACUAUAUAAUUAAAAUAUUUUACAUUUUACAUGAGACGGUUUAACAAUAUUUACAAUCUAACUGUUUUAAUGUAUACUAAUAAACUUUUUUCAUUCUAGUUACAAUAAACUUUAAAAAACAACAGCAAUAAAAAAAAUCAAAUUACAAAAUCAAACAAAUUUUAAGUAAAUGCACAAAAAUUGUUUCGCCAAAUUCAAAUGACCCCCAUCUCCCAAGUUAGGUCUCGCGGGUCACCACCCACCUCCCACGUCAGACCCUGCGGGUCAUUCCCCCCUCCGCGGUACGUACCACAGGUACCCCCGCGCCUACAUUCCCCCCCCUCGCCCCUCACCCCCCCUCAUUGCUCCCGAGUUAGAACCGGCCUAGCCUUACUACUAACACGAACGCGAACUGCAAAGUAAAAUUUGAAUUUUCAAGGAAAGUUACCUUUUCUGACGAAUUAUUCAAGCUUCAACGUAUUCAAAUAUUCGAAUAAUUAAUAUCGAUCAUUUUCACUCUUAUAGAUAUGUAUGAAAUAAAUGAUGUAAUAAAUAAUAAUAGUAGAGUAAUAAUGUAGUAUCGCGCAGAUGCCCAAAUACCGUGAGCCGAAUAUUCGAGUGUGUGUGCUAGUCACAAUUAUUCGAAUACUUGAAUAUUGACAGUUGUAAAAUUUUAAGUUUGUCGUAUAUAUAUUAAAUUUUGAUUUAUAUUAUACAAAUCAUAGAAAAAUAAGUAAGAAUAUUCUGUUAUCGUGCAAUAAUAUAUGACACGUAGCGAUUAAGUAGUUCAAGUAACUUUAUAAUCAUACUAUGUAUAUGCCAAAGAAACCCCGCAAUAUGUAAUACGUAUAUCGCGUAUAUACUUUCUUUGAGGGAUAUCUUAUGCGUUAUUGCUAUAUAGCAAGUGUUAUUACACGGCGAUGCAUACUGGAAAGAAAGAAAAAAAUUUGACUAAUAUCAUUAUUAAUAAAAUUGCGCUUAGAUAUUUUUUAUUCAUUCUCUUUAAUAAUAUUAAUACAAUAUCUUGGGAAAUACAAGAACUGUGGAAGCUAUUUUAUGAGCUGACAACAAAAAAAAGGAAAAUGUUGUAUG